CUAAUCAUUCUCCGCAGAGAUAAAACUAAAACAGGCAAGUAAAUAUAAGCCAACACGUAACUCAAUCAGUUUCAGUACCAAUCCAAACCAUCAGCAGCGAUGGACGCUUUUCUACUGAUAACCGCAAUAGCGCUUCUCAUAGGCUACGGCCUACAUCGACUGCGGCAGCAAAUAAACUUCUGGGCGGACCGCAACGUGCCACACAAGCCGGUUGACAUCCGCCAAAAUGUAAGCCAAUCGGUACAUAUGGCUCGCAGCCUGCAAGAUUUGUACAAAAAGUACAAAGGAAAAUACCCCUUCGCUGGAACGUUCCUCCUCAUUAGACCGGUAGCAGUGGCCAUCGAUUUGGAACUGCUGAAGUGUAUCUUCGUGAAGGAUUUCCAGUACUUCCACGAUCGAGGCACGUACUACAACGAAAAGGAUGAUCCACUAUCGGCGCACUUGUUCAAUCUGACAGGAAACAAAUGGCGCAAUUUACGGGCCAAGAUUUCACCCACCUUUACAUCCGGAAAGAUGAAAAUGAUGUAUCCGACGAUGAUUGCUGCAGGAAAGCAGUUCAGCGACUACAUGCAUGAGAAGGUAGGAACGACAGAAGAGCUGGAGCUGAAGGAUUUGUUGGCCCGGUUCACGACUGAUGUGAUAGGAAUGUGUGCCUUCGGGAUCGAGUGCAACUCAAUGAAAGACCCAAAUGCGGAGUUCCGAGAGAAAGGUCGUAUUCAUUUUGAGAAGCCUAGAAACAGAAAGAAGGACAUGGUGUGUCAAUUUUCGCCCAAAUUGGCUCGCAUGUUAGGAUUGAAACUUAUAUUCCCGGAGCUGUCAGAUUUCUUCUUGGGGGUGGUGCGCGAGACCAUCGAUUACCGAUUGAAGAGCGGCAUCCGUCGGAAUGAUUUUAUGGAUUUGCUGAUUGGAAUGCUAACGGGGGCGAACGAAGAUCUUGGACCGUUGACGUUUAAUGAAGUGGCAGCUCAAGCAUUCGUAUUCUUCGUCGCUGGAUUCGAAACUUCAUCGACCACGAUGACUUGGGCCUUGUAUGAGCUUUCAGUGAACCAAGAUAUCCAGGACAAGGCAAGGAAAGUUGUACAGGACGUUUUGAAGAAAUACAAUGGCGAGCUGAACUAUGAAGCGACCAUGGAAAUGACCUACAUUGAUCAAAUUUUGCAAGAAACUUUGAGAAAAUAUCCGCCAGUUCCAGUUCAUUUCCGCACCGUGUCCAAGGACUACAAAGUUCCAAACACAAACACAACGCUGCCAGCCGGAACUUCCGUACUUAUUCCGGUCUACGCUGUGCACCACGACCCGGAGAUUUUCCCCAAUCCUGAGAAAUACGAUCCCAACCGAUUCACACCUGAGGAAAUCAACAAGCGUCAUCCGUAUGCCUGGACCCCAUUCGGAGAAGGCCCAAGAAUUUGUAUCGGAAUGCGAUUCGGUAUGAUGCAGGCUCGCAUCGGGCUGGCCCUGCUGUUGAAUAGUUUCAGAUUUUCGAGUGGUGAAAAGUCAACCGUGCCGUUGGAUUUCACUCCCAAGAGUUUCAUUUUGUCGCCGGAGGAUGGUCUUUGGUUGAAGGUGGAGAAACUGUCUGCUUAAAUGUAAUGAAAUUAUGUGCACCCACUAUUGAAGAUUUUAGUGUAGGUCAGAACAGAUGCAUGCAAAUUAUCAUUUUUUGUCAACAUAAUCCCAUCAGUAUAGGAGUUAAGAUUAAUAGCGUAUUCAGACUACAAGCUACAUCACGCGAUGUAUAGUCACUUGAUAUGAUACGUCAUAUUCAUUAUUUACAGUGAAAUUGAGGUGUGUUAAUUUUGACGUCAAUAUACUCUACAUCACGUGAUAUAGUCCGGAUAGUCUAUAUAUUAGGUGGAAAUAUUUUGUAGUGAAAAUAUUUUUGAUCUUUUCUCCAGUGAGUCAACAAGAAAGUUCAGGAUUUUUUGUACAUUAUAUUACAAAAGAGCAACCUUGAAAUAAAACAGAAGUACUUUGAAAUGCA